CCGUAAUAGUGUUUGCGCAGUGUGGUAGUCGAGACAUCGUGACUGCCCACCAGUGCUUGGCGUCACUAUGGCCGCCUCCUGCCCUAUCUCAGUCAGUUGGCCCCAUCAUCAACCUCACGUGGCAUCAUACAAUCCUCAAUUUCUUCGACAUUCAUCAACCAUGAUGGAACAAAUACCACAGGAUCUAUUGUCCGCUCCGACACAGCCCAUACUCGGGACGAAUUACCGCUACUUGCGGGCUCUUGCACAGCACACCAACACCGGCCAUCACAAGCAUACCUGGGGCGUGACGAUAUACCGCACCGUCUACUCCAGUGCCUCUGAUGCAUUGUUCCCGCUUGUAGUCCAGCGGAUACAGGGAUACAUGCGCUUAACAAUUUCUCGGCUCGUCGAGAUAGAUGAGACGGACCAUUUGGCAACGCCAGAAGAGAAGCGGCAGUCACAACGCGUCACGGAGGAGCUGCUGAGGCGAAAUAUGAACGACGUUUUUGAGAAUAAGCACGCACUGGAGAAUGCUUCAGUCGAUGAUGUGUAUGGUCUGUUUAACGCCUGGGUAGAAGCAAACGGAGGCAAAGGCUCGAAGAAUUCACGGUAUUGUAUCGCCCUGAUUAUUGAUCAGGACGCCAUCAAUUCCAUCAUGAAGCUCCCCGAGGCGGAUCAGGCGGAUACCGUGUUUUGGUAUGAUAGGUUAGCGAUCAAUUGCAAGGCUGUUACGCUAUGGAGGAUAGAUACUGUGCAAACGAGCCCUUGGUUUUAUGUGGUGCUCAAGAAUCUGACGGAGUUGUGGUUUGACAUUAUGGAUGACGGUUUGCGGUCGUUUAUUACGCCGGUGGAAGGGGACCAGCCAGCCUGGGAGAUGUUGACAGCACGUCAUCUGUAUCGAUGUAUAUAGAGUAUAAUGUGUUAGUAUUAUGUUCAACAACGAUUACAUGAUU